AUGAAGCUGUUCCGGAGCUUCAUUGUAUCCUCGCUGUACUGCGCCGCAUCCGCUGCGCAUGAUGCCCAUGUCUAUGUAUUCGACCCGGUACCUAGGACGUCGCCACAGGCAGCCACGACCGUCGACGCAACCACAGCUCGAUUGAUCCUUGCACAGCGGUUGGGCCUGUCGCGGUUUCAUUCGAUAGAAAAGACGCGCAGCGAAGAGAGUCUGAAGCAGAUCAAUGCAUUUGGAGGCAGGCAACAGAAGCUGUUUGGUGGAGAGGACGCAGAUCGGACACAGGCGCACGCACUGGUGUGGAUAGAAGGCGUGGAAGCCGCCGAGGCCAUCGUUCAGGACUCUGGACUCUGGUCAUCUAAGUUCACGAUAGCGAACCCCCCUUCCGCGUCCGAUAACAAGCACCUGAUCGAGGACAUGAUCCUGCAAGCCGAGUCUCUUCCUAAGAAGUCAGAUCCCAAGGGCGCAACAUACCACUCAAAUCAGUACAUCGAUCACCAAUUGUCUGAGCUCCGACAGCCCCAACUCUUCAACGACUACCUCACCAUUCUCCACAUCGACCUGAAAGCGAAGGACAAGAUGGCCAAACCCAGCCUCGAUAGACUCGGUGACAUUAUCUCUUCUCUUCAGGUGGCGGCUCCUAAGGAAAACCGUUUCGCAGUCACAUUGGUGGUUAUGCCACCAUCAUCCUCGAACUCUAAGCGUGCUGCAAGCCCCUACGGCAGCUACGAUAGACCUAACUUGGAGGCUCGCCGCGAAAUGACCGAGGCGCCCAUGUCUCUGUCUACUUCCGAGCCUUCUACAUCACCCAAUAGUGCGCUCCCGAGCGAUCUAGAGGACUUCCCUGUCAUUACGCAGGCUGAAGGCAACGACACUACCCCGCCUCUCGGCAUCCUUCCACGCUGCUUUGCGUCGGAAUCCGCCUGUACUACGUCCACAAAUGGAUGCUCCGGUCACGGUUCAUGCGGGAUCCUCCACAAGGGCAAAAAGGGAGAACGCGCUGACUGCUACGGCUGCGUCUGUAGGCCUACCGUUGUGGACAGGGGUGACACCGGCAUGGAGCAACACAAGAAGACUACCUACUGGGGCGGUCCGGCAUGUCAGAAGAAGGAUGUUUCGGUUCCUUUCUGGCUGUUCGUUACUAGCGGUGUUCUCUUUGCUUUCCUCAUCUCCGGUGGAAUCGGACUGUUGUACUCCGUUGGCAGCGAAGAGUUACCCAGUGUCAUUGGUGCCGGUGUUAGUGGGCCGGUGCGGAAGUAA